AUGGCUUCACGGGCACAGCUUGGUUUUCAUUGUGCAGGAUCAAAGCAUUCAUCUAGUGCAGCAACUACCGAGGAUGAGAAGUCACAGCAAGGACACCUCCACCACUGUGAUCACUGUGACUAUAAAACUAGAAAACCGUCCGAUAUGAGAGCACACGUUAGGGUCCACACAGGUGAAAAGCCACUCCAGUGCCCUUCAUGCCCUCUGAGCUUCUCGAAAAAGUACACUCUUCAGACACACCUGCGGGUCCACACAGGCGAGCGUCCCUUUCAAUGCAAUUUCUGCCAUCAGACCUUCUCACACAGAAACGUCCUAAAAGGUCAUGUGCGCAUCCACUCGGGCGAGCGGCCAUAUCAGUGCCCCUCGUGCCCUAGGACUUUUGUGAAUAGGAGCCAACUGACAGUCCACCUACGCCUCCACUCAGGCGAGCGACCAUAUCAGUGCCCCUCCUGCUCUCGGACUUUUGUGGAUAGCAGCCAUCUGAACGUUCACCUACGCAUCCACUCAGGCGAGCGACCAUACCGCUGCACCAUCUGCUACAAGUCUUUUGUACGGGGUAAUGACUUGAAUAGACAUAUGAAAACACAGCACCAUGACAGCCCUGAGUAAGUCGUUAGCCUUGUAGGUGUGCGUUAUGUAUUAGGCAGAGGCUAAACUUAUGAAUUUACAAACCUGUGUAGUAUGCUGCACGGCAUUGUGGUGCAUCAGGAUGCAAGUGUUGAUAUAUUUUUAUAUGUUAAACUGUCAAGCGGCUUCAGAAGAUGUUUCGGCAUUAUCUAGCAUGUUGCAGGAAAAGUGGGCUGAUAUUGCUUUCAUUUCACUAGCCAUACUCCUGCAGUAUCCCUUCAUGUGCAGGCAAGACAAGCUGAGAAGCGCUCAUCCCUCAACUUUGCAUUGAUAACACUGCUGCUUGCAGUGAGAUAGGAUAAAUUCUGAAUGGUAGGCCAGUCAUCGGGACUUGGUCUCCUCCAAGUAGACUGCUGCUUAAAUGAACAUUCUUGUUAGGGGAAUGGCCUCUGGCCAGGUUUGGGCAUUGGCAAUAGACAAACAUGGACCAUUGGUCACACAGUGACAUUUAUAUAGCAAAAUAAGGAACCAUUCCGUACUUAUAUGCACCGGAAAAGCUGAGUGCAUAUAGUUUUGAUCCCAGGCCAAGAUGAUUCUUUUUUGAAAUGUGAAGCUUUCUUUUUGAGAAACCCAUAUAGAUUUCCUUCUGAGUUUCAUGCUACAGUCAGGUAGACGAGAACUUUUUUCUUUCAUAUUUUUAUUAAAUGUUAAAGGGGCCGUGAAACGCUUACUGAGCAUAUUGAGAAAAUGUUCCUGAUAUCUAGACGAACCUCCUGUGAACUUGUGAGCCAAAUAUCAUUGCAAUACGGAAAGCAGGGAAUUUUCUGGGUCGUGUCAAAAUCUAGGAACAAUCACCUUCUCUCGCCUCCACUGUCAUCAUGCUGCAUUAUCUUAAUUUGACCCACCAAUAGCUAUUGGCUGCUUUUGUGAUCAUGUGAGCAUUCUCAGUACUAAUACUAUAAUUGCUAAUUUUAAAUAAAAUAAAUAAAGAAUAUAUAUAUAU